AUGCCUUACAAUGGGUCAGCAAAUGUUGGAUGCUUGGUGUCGAGCGACGUGUGUAAUGGGAGCUGUCCCAAAAGGGAUGUGUCUGUGACCUCGACUGCCAUCUCAAUGACGGUGGGCAUCGUGUCCAACACUCUGGCCCUCUUCACCUUAAUCAAAGCCUACCGCAGGUUCAGAUUAAAGUCUAAAGCAGCCUUUCUUCUCUUUGCUGGUGGUCUGGUGGUGACUGAUUUCUUGGGACAUCUGAUCAAUGGCUCUUUGGCUCUCUAUGUUUAUUCCUCCCAGAAAAACUGGGAAAGAUUUGACCCUAACAAAUAUCUAUGCGACUUUUUUGGUGUUUGCAUGGCUUUCUUUGGCUUGACUCCCCUGCUGCUCGGGAGCUUGAUGGCAGUGGAACGCUGUAUCGGAGUGACACGUCCUCUUUUCCACACCACAGCUAUGGGGUCCCAUCAUGUUAAGAGGCUGCUGGUUAUGACUUGGCUCCUGGGUCUGCUGGUGGCUCUGCUGCCCAUCCUGUUUCAGCGGCCGUACCAGAUGCAACGUUCCCGUAGCUGGUGCUUCUUCCGCCUGCAUGGUCUGUGUGACUGGGUGGAUGUGCUUCUCCCGAUAUUAUUUUCUGUGCUGGGUUUGCUUUCUCUUCUGCUCUCACUAGUUUGCAAUUCUGUGACUGGUCUCACACUCCUGCAGAGUCGGGUACAGCUUGACCGAGAUCAUCAUCGCCAUAGCCGUAACACAUCACACCAUUCUGAAAUGAUCUGCCAGCUUUUGGCAAUUAUGUUGGUUUCGUGUGUGUGUUGGGGCCCUAUUCUGAUAACAAGCAUCAUCUUAAGCCUACAGGAUCAUGAUGAGGAUCAGACAUAUACCCAUAUGCUGCUUGUUGUGCGCAUGGCAACAUGGAACCAGAUUCUGGAUCCAUGGGUCUAUAUCCUCCUUCGGAAAGCUGUUUUGAAGAGGCUUUUCCAGGUGGCACUGAGACUUUGCAGUUCUCAUCCCAAACCCACGUUCUGGUGGCAGGGCAGCACUCUGGGGAGUUACAGUGGGGCCAAUAGCUCAGUGAUCAGUAGACCAGACUUCAUCUGCCUGGAUGGACCUUUCUUUCCAGACACAGCCAUCCAAUCAGCUCACCUCCCUUGA